AUGGAUCUUUUCGCAACAGGCUUCAACGCCUGGAACCAACUCUCCGUAGCCCAAAAGAUCCUCCCGCACGAGCCUCAUGACCUCUUCGCCUUUACAAAAGUUCUUUCAGCUUCAGCCAUUGAACGGCCAGUCUCGCGCCUCACUUACACCAUUGGCCCUGCUGCAGUUCGACAAGAUGGGCGCUUCGUCGUCGCCGGUCUUGGUCCCGAGCCUCAGCAUCUCGAGCUGCUCUACACGUCAGCCGAAGCUGCCUCUGGGCAAAUCUUGACCAUUGUCCAGGACCAGGAUAGCCAUGACAGCAACAAGUUGGUCAAGCAUUCGUCCCUAUCAUCUCCCGAACCAGACGCCAUCUUCACCUGCACGCCUCCAGCUACGCAAAUCGCGGCCUUCAGCACCGGUUUCGUCAUCCUACACACCAACGGAACCGUCUCUACCUUUGGUGACUCCCGCUUCGAGGCUUGUCUAGGUAGAGACAUUCAUACGCCAAACCGACCUCCUGAAGUCCCGGGCCCGGUACCCGAUCUCCAUGAAAUCGCCUCGGCCAACGAUCCCGUUAAAUGCGUCACGGCUGGCGGAAGUGUCGUUGCAGCACUGACGACGAGCGGCAGCGUCUACGUCUGGGGCUCUAGCACUUCAUCAACAGCUCCAAAGGCGUCAGACAGUUCACGUCGUCACCGCCGAGGACAUGCUUUCGAGCAACUCUCUGGCAUUCCCAACUAUACAGAAAUCGAUAAUGGUAAGGAUGUCGAGGAUGUUGCUCUCGGAGAGUCGCACGCCAUCGCCCUGACAGCUGACGGACUCAUCUAUGUCAUCGGUGAGAAUAACAAUGGCCAACUUGGAAUUGGUAAUGCUAUUGAAAGAACGGAAACAUGGAUCAAUGUUCCUUUCAAGGCUGCCAAAGGUUCCAAGAUUGUGGGCGUGGCGGCUGGCCCGCGGGCCUCCUUUAUUCUAACGGGCAAGAUAUAGAUGUGGCCGAUAUCAGUAGAUUUUCAGGCCAGAAUUCAAAAGUAAAGGCGAGUAUUCAGGUGUGAACCGCAUCAUAUA